AUGAAGAUCUUGGUUUUGAUAAGUACAGUUCUAGCCACGGCAUGGGCUGACCUUCCACGCUAUGGAGGUUUUGGAGGAGGAGGAUCAAGCUCUGGUUUUGGAGGUUCAGGACCAAGGUUUGGAAUAAGUUCCGGCUCGGGAUUUGGAGGAGGAAGAAGGAUGCGGUCCCGGACAGGUGUUCCAUGCUGGCAGAUGUGUUACUCCACGAGAGAACCGCAAAGUCUACUUGUACAAUGCACCACCUGCACCUCCAGUUCCCCACGGUCCUCCACCAUACAUUCCUGAGCCAACCAUUGACACGAAUAUCGUGUUCAUCCAAACACCCGAAGAAGGUCCAGGACCAGAACCUAUUGUCAUACCCCCACCACAGACGCGAAGCGUUGUGUAUGUUCUUAACAAGCAGACACCAGAGCAACAGGAUGUGAUCGAAGUCCCAGCGCCGCCAGCAACCAACCCUGAAGUUUACUUCGUAAACUAUGCUGACGGCGAAAACCCAGUUCUUCCAAGUGGCGUUGAUCUUCAGACUGCCUUGAAUGCAGCUUCCCAAGGAGGCGGUCAAGUGAUUGGAGGAGGCGCCGGAGGCAGCGGUGGCGGCUUCGGCGGCAGUGGAGGAAGCGGUGGUUUUGUAAGCAGCGGAGUUGGAAGUGGAUUUGGAGGCAGUGGAGGAAGCAGUGGAUUUGGAGGCAGUGGAGGAAGCAGUGGAUUUGGAGGCAGUUCUCUCAGCGGAGGAUUCGGAGGCGGUGGGGAUAGUGGUGAAAUCAUCGUAUUCAGUUGA